AACCGGGCGGCCCGUGUCCGCGUGGGCAAGGGGGACAAGCCCGUGAGCUACGAGGAGGCGCACGCACCGCACUACAUCGCUCACCGUAAGGGCUGGCUGUCGCUGCACACAGGUAACCUGGAUGGAGAGGACCAUGCUGCAGAGCGAACAGUGGAGGAUGUUUUUCUUCGCAAGUUUAUGCUGGGUACCUUCCCAGGCUGCCUGGCUGACCAGCUGGUCUUAAAGCGCCGAGCUAACCAGGUGGAGAUCUGUGCCCUGGUCCUGAGGCACCUACCUGCACACAAGUUCUAUUUUCUAGUGGGCUACAGUGAAACUUUGCUGUCCUACUUUUACAAGUGUCCUGUGCGACUCCACCUCCAAACUGUGCCCUCAAAGGUUGUGUAUAAGUACAUCUAGGAUGAUUCUCCCCCACCCAUCCGCCUUUUUUUCCUCAGUCAAGCUGUGGCCUGCAAAGAACAGAAACAUGGAAAAGGAGUGAAGUAGAACAAGGGGAAAUGUGUCUCUUCAGAACUGAAGUAUUGUUUCUCAGCUGCUGUUGAAGAAAGACCUUCUAUGUUGUCUUGCCUUUCUGUCUUUACUCUUUAGGUGAGGGAUCUAGAGAGGUUUCUUCUCCAAGGCUUGCAGGAAGGCUGCCAGUUGAAGUUAGGCCUUCAGAUCAGUGAGUACUUUGUGCCAAUCACUGUAUCGAGCACUUAAAGUUCGUUUUCUCUCAAAAUGGAAAGAUUCGUUUUUGGUGAUAAUAAUAUAAUCAAUGUUAACUUUUUAAAAAUCAAAACAAUAUGGACAUAUAUAACAUCGACCAUGAAACUUUCUUAUAAUUCCUCCCCAGAUAGAGCUACUGUAAACAGUUUGUUUCAUUUUUUUUUCCAGAUGCACUUUUUCCCAGAAAUACUUUAAUGCAUACUGACUGUUUAUUAAACUUUUAUUUAGUCCUU